CUUUAUCGCUGUAAUUCAUGGUAUUAAAAAAUAUAGUGAGAGGCUGCUUAACAAAGACCAGGACUGGAUUCUGCUCACUGUAUUUGUAUCUUUUAUUAACAGAGGUACAUAUGAUAUUUAUGUAAAAUGCGAUGGUGUUGGGAGGUGUGUUGGAACCUAUGAUAACAGAGGAAGUUUUGGUGAGUUGGCCUUAAUGUACAAUACACCCAGAGCAGCUACAAUUAUAGCUACCUCUCCUGGUGCCAUCUGGGGUUUGGACAGGGUAACGUUCCGAAGAAUCAUUGUGAAAAAUAAUGCCAAAAAGAGAAGAAUGUAUGAAAAUUUUAUUGAGUCAUUGCCAUUCCUUAAAUCUUUAGAAGUAUCUGAGCGUUUAAAAGUGGUUGAUGUGAUUGGCACCAAAGUGUACAAAGAUGGAGAACAAAUCAUUGCUCAGGGUGAUUUGGCUGAUUCUUUCUUCAUUGUGGAAUCUGGAGAAGUAAGGAUUAUAAUGACAAGGAAGGGUAAACAAGAUGUAGAAGAGAAUGGAGCCGUUGAAAUAGCUCGAUGCUCAAGAGGACAGUAUUUUGGAGAACUUGCUCUUGUAACUAACAAACCACGAGCCGCUUCUGCAUUUGCUCUUGGCACUGUCAAAUGCUUAGUUAUGGACGUGCAGGCAUUUGAAAGGCUUUUGGGACCUUGUAUGGAAAUUCUGAAAAGAAACAUUGCAAACUAUGAAGAGCAGCUACUUGCUUUGUUUGGAACAAACUUGGACAUUGCUGAUCCCAGUGCAUGAAACAAACAUUGGAGCAACAAGAUCUGUUACGAGAAUAUAGCACACUAGUGGUUAGUCCACUGAGAAAUUGUCUCUCUUCCUAUAGAUGCCAAGCAUUUUCUGUGAUUUUAAGAAUGGGUUUGGGGGGUAUU